CGCUUUCCAAGCUUGGGUAUUUCAUAAUCAGUUAACAAUGAUAGGAAGGAGCUCCAGGUGCAUUCCUCUGUACUGCCAGAGUCUUUAUAAAGGAUGUACUUUCAACCCGGGCAACUUACAUUGUACUAAAAGAGCAUAUAGUGAUUUUUUGAAAAAUUUACCCAGAGUAGGUGGUGGUAUUUCUAAAUUCAAGAAGGAAGUCCCUACUCAGCAAAAAGCUAAACCUCUGACUCCCGUGGCUCAGAAUGCACAGCUGUCUUCGAAGAUGCAAAACAAUCGUUUCGCUCAACAAUUUGCUAAACCAGAAUCCAAUAGCCCAGGAAAAAGACCUUUUCAUGACAGACGACAACAACAACAACAGACCCAGGAUAAGAACGGGUCGAAUAAAAACAAGGCUACAUUACAAAACCCUAGAUCGAAUAAAAAUGCAGAAUCUCGACCCUCCUCGAAUAACAUAGCAAAAUCCAGAACGAGCCAAAACGCAGAAUCUCGUCCUUUCACAAAUAAUAGACCUGAUCAUUCAACUAAAAGCAAUACUAAAUCUUUCAAACCUCCAAUUAAUCAUAGAAAAGACAAGAAGGUAAGACUUGAAAAAAUUCAAAUUCAAAUUCCAACAUUCAUAACAGUUUCUAAUCUUGCUUCUAUCCUAAGAAUCCCCUUGAAUGAAUUCAUAAAGAAACUAGAGUCUUUGGGGUUUGAAGGAAUGACCCACAAUUAUAUUCUUGAUAAAGAAAAUGCAUCUUUAAUUGCGGAUGAAUUCGGUUUUGAAAUCACAAUGAAUGAUGACGCCGGUCUUGAUUUAUUCCCAGCACCUGAAGAUUCAUCGAAAUUGAAACCAAGGCCUCCAGUGGUAACUAUCAUGGGGCAUGUGGAUCAUGGUAAAACUACCAUUUUAGACUAUUUGAGGAAAUCUUCCAUUGUGAAUCAAGAACAUGGAGGUAUCACUCAGCAUAUUGGUGCUUUUUCAGUCACCACACCAAUAUCGAAGAAGAACAUUACUUUCUUGGAUACACCAGGACAUGCUGCAUUUUUGAAAAUGAGAGAAAGAGGAGCAAUUAUUACCGACAUUGUCAUUUUAGUGGUCGCAGCCGAUGAUUCAGUUAUGCCUCAAACUCUUGAGGCAAUCAAGCAUGCCAAAAAAUCAGGAGUCCCAAUUAUUGUGGCCAUUAAUAAGUGUGAUAAACAAGGUGUUAAUGUUGACAAGGUCUUGAGUGAUCUCGCUCGUUAUGAAAUCGAUAUUGAAGACUAUGGUGGUGAAACUCAAACCGUGAGGGUAUCAGGUAAAACUGGUAUGAAUAUGGAUAAAUUGGAAGAAGCUGUGAUCACUUUAAGUGAGUUAAGUGAAUUUCAGGCCGAGCCUCAAGGAAUACCUGCUGAAGGUUGGGUUAUCGAAUCUCAAGUUGAGAAAGGUAUGGGAAACAUAUCAACCAUUUUAGUUCGUAGAGGUACUAUAAAAGUUGGUAGCUUUUUGGUUGCUGGUAAAACAUAUUGUAAAGUUAGGGGUAUGAAGGACGAGAAUGGUAAAAUGGUGAAAACAGCUGGUCCGUCGACUCCUGUCAGAAUCUGGGGAUGGAAAGACUUACCAGAAGCUGGUGAUCAAAUAUUGGAGGCUAAGAACGAAAAGGUUGCUAAAAAAGUGAUUGAAAAUAGAAUUACUCGUGAAAAACAAAUACAAGCUGGGCAAGAUAUUGAAAUAAUCAACGCCAAGAGACAAGAAGAAAUCAAGGAAUUACAAAGACAAGAGAAAUUGAAUGAGUUGAAAUUAGCAGGUAUCAAUGUCGAAGAAUUACCAACAGAAAGUACGGAAACAAAAUGUACUCAAGUUAAAUAUAUUAUUAAAUCCGAUGUCUUUGGUUCUGCUGAAGCUAUCAAAGAAAGUGUUGAUGGUCUAGGAAAUGAUGAAGUUAAGGCAUUGGUUAUUUCGCAUGGUGCUGGAUUACCAACUGAUUCAGAUAUAGACACUGCUAAGGCCUUGGAUGCAAAAAUCGUUUGCUUCAAUAUUAAAACUCCAAAACAGAUAAGCUUCAAAGCUGAAAGGUUAGGAGUUUCAAUUGCUGAACAUAACAUUAUUUAUAGAUUGAUCGAAGAAAUAACUGAAGAGCUUACAUCAAAAUUGAAACCCCAUAUUGAAAUAAAGACAGUUGCAGAGAUUGAUAUAAAAGGUGUAUUCGUUAUUAUGGGUAAGAACAAGAGUAAAUCUAAAAUUGCCGGCUGUAAAGUUAACAAUGGUAAUCUUAAGAGAUCUUCAAAUAUAAGAGUUAUUAGAAAUGACGAAGUUAUUUAUACUGGUACUCUUUCAUCAUUGAAACAUGCUAAAGAUGAUAUAAAUGAGGCCAAAAAGGGUACUGAGUGUGGUUUAGCCUUCGAAAGGUGGGAUAAGUUUGAAGAGGGUGAUAAGAUUGAAGUAUUCGAAGAAGUAAAACAUCAAAGGUAUUUGUAGAACUGGAGGACGUUCUAACAAACUUGUAUAAAUUGUCUUCAUAAAUUGUAUAUAGCAAAAUAAAAACCCGU